GGAUCAAACCGUUUCCGGGCGACAGGGUACCAGCAGUAAACAUGGCGGAGGAACUGCUGGAAACAGUGGAGAGACUUCAGUCCCGGCUCCAGGAGAACCAGGAGCCCCGAAAGCUGCUGAAGACUCUGAAAAGACUCGGGGAGCUUCCUAUGACUGUGGACAUAUUGGUGGAAACUGGAGUGGGAAAGGCUGUGAACUCCUUCAGGAAACACGAAUUAGCUGGAGAGGUGGCAAAAAAUCUCGUAGCCAAAUGGAAGAAACUGGUUCCUCAGUCUGGAGACAGACCCAACAGCCACGGCUCCAGAUCUCACACGCAGGCUCGAGGCCACGACGCGAGCGGCAGAGGAGACCAUAAACGUCCCCGAGAGCCCUCGCCUGAGGAAGACCGCUCCUACGUAGAGGAGGAAGAGGAGGAAAGAGGUUACCACACCAACUAUUCGCCUUCACCUCCUCAGCACGACCAGUACAGUCCCCCACAGCGAGGAGGGUAUCACUCAGACGAAUACGAAAGCCCUGAGCCCGAACCUGAACCCAGCCCGCCACCACCUCCUCCCCCUGUGUCCCGCAAAGACGUCCGCCACACCAAACCAAACAAGGAGCCGAGCAAGAACCACCACAGCGACCGAAACCGAGACGAGGAGCGGCGGCAACGCCACGCACAGACGAAUAGCGAUAGAGAAGGCGGAGGAAGUCAGGGGAAGAAGCGAAGCGGAGACCGAGAGAGACAUCAGAGUCCGGUACAGAAGGCUGCCAAACACAGCAAGAAGUCAACCACGCAUGACAGCAGGAGGGAGGAGAAGAAGAAAGGAGGAGAUGAAGGGCGACCACGAGUGCCGAAGGACUCUCCACCUAAGGAGGAAGAAGAGGACUUCGAGGUGCCCACCAUGUCCUUCGAGUCCUUCCUCACAUACGACGCCCCGACGUCUGUGAAGAAGAAAAAGAAAACACCGUCAGCUUCAUCUUCAUCGCACAGUCGGCCGUCUCACUCCUCCUCGUCAACGUCGUCUUCCCAUCGCACACGAACACCUCCACCUGCAUCCUCCUCUUCGUCCUCUUCUUCUUCCAAAGCGCGCAAGGCGAACGGCGCUCAGAGUACCAAGAGGACGCAUUCGGGGACAGCGGUGACGACGCCAUCGAGAAGCAAGGAGGUUUACGAAGCUGUGCCGACUGUUCCUGAAAUCCAGCUGCCAGCGAUUCAGCCCAAUUACAGACCUCUGCCCUCCAUUGACAUCACACCGCUGUCCCCUCAGAGACGCAAAGUUCCUGUGUGCAAUGAAGAGGAUGAUGCAGGCUUCACGGGGAAGCGGUUUAACUCCAAGAUGGUGGUCUACUCAGGAUCGAAGACCGCCUACCUGCCCAAGAUGAUGACGCUGUACGAGCAAUGCAUCCGUGUCCUGCAGAACAACAUCGACUCGAUCGCUGAGGUGGGAGGAGUGCCGUUCGAUAUCCUGGAGCCGGUUCUGGAGAGAUGUACCCCAGAGCAGCUGUACCGCAUCGAGCAGAGCAACCAGUGGUUCACGGAGGAAUCGGAUGAGCUGUGGAUGCGUCACUGUCGGCGUGACUUCAAGCGGGAGUCUCCGCAGGAGUACGAGUCAUGGAGGGAGUUGUACCUGAGGCUGCACGACGAGCGCGAGGAGCGACUAAGGAUGCUCACACAGAAUAUCACGUCUGCGCAUGCCAACAAACCCAAAGGACGUCAGGUUAAGAUGGCGUACGUAAACUCUGCCGCCAAGCCGCCCCGUGAUGUUCGCCGCCGACAGGAGAAGUUUGGAACCACCAGUGGUUCGACAGCCAGCUCCACAGCAGCUGCAGCUCCUAUCAAAAUAAGACCGGCUACCACUGACUACUCCGGAGAAUCAAGCCAGUCGUCUUCCUCCCAAAACAACCCUCCUCCCGCUGGUUCAUCCCGCUUCUCUGCACCGAGCGGAGUAGGACACGCCGCCCGGGAAAAACCUCAAGUCAAAAAAAUCGCCCCCAUGAUGGCCAAAACUAUCAAAGCAUUCAAGAACAGAUUCUCCCGCCGGUAGUGUGAAAGAGACUGAAUGUAUUUUAUGUGAUUUUAAUUACAGUGUAGCGGAAUUGGACUGGAGACCCUCCAACCCUGCGCGCACACUUUCAGCCCCGCAAACAUCACAUGAACUUUGCAGUAUUUGUGGAAAAAUGGUUAACUUCCCUUUUUUUUCUUUGUUUUUUUUUUUUUGUGGGGGUGGGUUGAUGUUUUUUUUCUGUGGUGACGUCUGUUUUGCGGGUCUUAAAUUAAGUAUUUAAAUCCUAAACGAUGGUACACAUGGUAGAAGGACACACACAAACACAGUCAGUCUGUUACUGAAUCAUGUUUUCCAGCAGACGGUUUUUAAAGAAAGAGUUUUUGGGGGAAUUCUUGCUGCGAGGUUAGAUUAGAGGAUUUUUCUAUCGCUUUCUCCGGCAGCACAAAGACUGGAAAGAGGGGAGCAGCUCGUUUUCAGCUGUAACAAAAUCAGCCCCAGCAGAACCUUUAAUUGUCAUUAAUAAACAUGUACAUUUGUACACAGCCAAAACGUGCACAAAAAAUUUGUGACCUUUUAAAAAAUUUGCCUCAAACCUGCAUUCUUUCUAAUGGCCAGUAGGGGGCGUCUCUGAAAUUAUAUUGUAUAGAAGUCCAUGAGUAAAUUCUUCUAAUGUGAUCCGUAAACUCAGUUAACAUUUUCCUGAAGAGUUUAUGGAUUCAGCUGCUAAUUUUAAGUCUUAAUCAAUGAAAAAUAAAGUUAAUGCUGUAAAUUAUUUUUGCUAAAUAAUUGAAAUUAUUUGUGGGUGGCCAAGUCACUAUGUUAGCCACCCGAGUUUUAAAACUCUCAACUCAGUGCUGCACUAACCAGUGGGUGAUGUCGUGAUGGCCACAUCCAGCUUUUAUAUACAGUCUGUGACUAAUUGCACUAAUCAAUUUGUUUCAAAUUUUCUUUUUUUUCAACCCCUCGCCUGUAAAAGGCUGACAGUGUACUGUCAUCACUUGGGUGGCUGGGAGGGCAGCGUAGGAUUUUGAAAUUGAUAGCAUCGGUGCAUCUACUAAAAA